AUGAAUCUCAGGAAGCUCAACAAGGCCAAGUGCAAGGUCCUGCACCUAGGUCUAGACAAUCCCAAGCACGAGCACAGGCUGGGCAAAGUGAUUGAGAGCUGCCCUGGGGAGAAGGACUCGGGGGUGUUCGUGGACAAAAAGCUCGACAUGACCCAGCGCUCUAAUGGUACACGAGGCUUGACUGAGAGAUCUUGGAGUGGAUGGCACAAGGUGAUCAGUGCUGCAGAGACAAUCAUCCUUCCUUCUCUGAUUGGGAUUAUCUCUUCAACAGGCUUAGUUGGAAAUAUCCUCAUUGUGUUCACAAUAAUAAGAACCCAGAAAAAAACUAUCCCAAAUAUCUACAUCUGCAAUCUGGCUAUAGCAGAUUUGGUUCCUAUCAUUGGCAUGCCCCUUCUCAUACCCCGGUGGGUGUGGGUUUUUGGUAGCCCUCUUUGCACCAUCACUACCUCCCUGGACACAUGAGACCAGUUUACAUGCAGUGCCAUUAUGACUGCAAUGAGCUUGGACAGGUACCUACAUUUGGAGCAGCCGAGACUGACAAGCAUGAGAAAAUGUAUUACUGGUUUGCCCAUUGCUACACUUUAUCUUACCAUAACUUUCUUUUUUCCUUUACAUAAUAUAUUUAUUUGCUAUAUUUUAGUUUUAUAUUACACGUGGAAGAUGUAUCAGCAAAACAAGAAAGCAGGAAGGUAAAGUCACCAUAUCCCCAGGUAGAGAGUUAUGAAGCUCACUAAGAUGGUGCUUGCUCUGAUCAGCAUGUUUGUAGUAAGCACUACCCCCUUCCAUGUAAUCCAGCUCAUGAAUCUUCCGGUUUCUCAGCCGACCCUGACCUUCUAUAUGAGCUACUACAUCUCCAUGUGCCUCAGCUAUGCCAGCAGCAGCAUUAAUCCCUUUUUAUACAUCCUGCUUAGUAGGAACUUCCAGAAGCAUCUCCAGCGAUGCACAAAUAUGGAAUUCAGGAUGGCAGAAGGGAUGACAACAUCAUUGAAAACACCCUCGAGUCAAGUUUUCAAAAGAAGGUUCUUCUCCCAAGAAAAAGUGCCAUGUCUAUAUGUAGACUUUAUUUGUUGCAAUAGAUAG